CUUUUCUUUCCAGCGGCGGGUUUUUAUUUCCCUCUUUUUCCACCCUCUCGUACUUUUUCUUCUUUUCCAGUGCUUUUCUUCGGAUCGGCCACAUCUCCUGUGUCCUUAGCCGCGUCGACAAGGGUGUUGCCUUCGUUCGGGCGAGUCCGAGCAACAGAUUCUAAUAUUUUAGUUUAUGGUCUAAGAGCUGCUGUAAUUGUAUCACUUGAGAGGAACUGUUGCCUGACUUGAUUUUGUAAAUCUUAGUCCCCCCUCAUAGCAUGGACAACAACAGCAAUGAUGAUUUCACCUUUUGUAAGGUUGGGUUACCGACUGAUCAAAAUGGUGUGGAGGAAAAGAAUCUUGCAGCUGAUAUUGGUGGUAUUGCCAUUAAAGACGAAACCUCAAACUGCAGCGAUAGUAGCAAGAAUGGUGGUUUUCCCUGGAAAGAUAAACAUCCAAAUAAUGCCACCUUUGUAGAUCAGGCUACUGUUGGUUCUUUGACUUUCAAUGUUAUUGAUGCUUCAUGUUUGAAAUCAUCAGGUGAAUCAUCAAGACAAGUAGCAUCUGUAGAUGCGGGUGCUCCAGCAAUGAAGUCAGAAAAAGCAAGAAGUUCUACCAGAAAGUCUGCACCUCGGACCAAGGUUCCUUUUGAGAAGGGAUAUAGUCAAAUGGACUGGCUUAAGCUUACUCAAACGCAUCCUGACCUUGCAGGAUUGAAAGGGCAGUCAAAUAGGAGGCUUGUUUCAAUGAGUGAAGUUAAGCAAAAUCAAAAAGAAGGUUCCAUGUGGACUGUUCUGAAAGGACGUGUCUACAAUAUAUCUCCAUACAUGAAGUUUCACCCUGGAGGUGUUGAUAUGCUCAUGAAGGCAGUGGGGAAAGACUCUACAUCUUUAUUCAACAAAUACCAUGCUUGGGUAAACGCUGAAUUCUUGCUAGAAAAAUGUCUGGUUGGUACUUUGGAUGAUGGCGAAGGCACCCAGACAUUAUAAAACCGCUUCUUGGUACUUAGCUAUGUUGUCUAUUGUUAUUGUAAGCGCAGAAGAGGAUGCAAUAAGAUCCGUAGCUAUGGCCCGUGGGACAAAUCAUAUCAUUCGAUAUUAUAAAAGAAAUUCUGUUUCCCAUUCUUACCCCCAACAAUCGGGUACCAACCAGUGUUCUAAUGUAGUUAACUGUGUAUAAAUAAUGCGUACUGAAAAUUGAAAUAAAAAUGUCACUUGUGUUCAAGACAA